GGUCAUUAAUCUCCAUAUUCGCUCCUUUCGUUCUGCUUGUAGGCGUUUUGUGGGCUCACAUUUUGGAAGAGUCUCUACUUUCUUCUCAUUUAUCGUCUAAAGCGACUCUCAGCCACUCUGGAGGACCCAAAGUCGGUUCCGGACUUUUAAAUAUGCCAAAGACUGGAUGUUCACCUCACUGACAGUCGUGGCAUCAUGGCUCGCGCUCAUUUGUUACCCGGGGGCCUACCGAGGCACACUGGAGGCCUUUAGGCCAGUAAACGACUUUAAAUCGCAAACAUUCCACUUUGGAGGACUUGGAGGCUACAAAUACUCUGAGUGUAUCCCUCAAAACUUCAAGACUACGCGUCUGGGAAAGACCAAGACCAUCGGAGACCUCAAGGCUCUACUCACUAAAUCGCAGAUUGUCAUUCAAGUUAACGCCACCAGGAUCACUGUAAAGGACAGAGAAAACAUCAACAAUGCACUUGCAAAGUUUAUAAAGGGGGAAGAAGGCUCUACGGAUCCGUCCAUAAAGGUCCAAAUGGCGAAGAACACACUCAUGGAAAAGGCCCUGGAAGGCACAGAAUUUGUUGAACUCACACCCAGUCUCAAGGGGACGAACAUUUACAUUUUUGUAUACGACGAUAAAGUCGUGCCAGAGGUCAUUGGAAUCAUUAACGGACUGAGAAAGGGUGAUAAGUCAGUCAGGAGACAUUUCAAGUAUUCGGCUGCAAUUUAUGCACAUACGAUGAUUCCCAUGCAGCAGGUGCAGAACCUUGAAUUUUUGGGUUCUAGAGAGGCGCUUGUUGCCCGCUUUGCAUCGUUGCUGCAAGGGAGCAUUCAGGGAUUGGCUGCCGCUGUAAACUCUGUCUCCUCAUCACUUGCCUCUGUCCUGGGCCAAGUUUGCAAACGUGACGCUGACACGUGUGAUAAAGAGUGA